AUGCCCGCAACCUCAACACCUAAAGCAAUGGCUUCCUCCUCAUCACCCCCCACCCCCCUCCUCUACGCCUGCAUCGCUCACCACACCACCAUCCUUGCCGAGCAUACCGCCUCCGCCUCCUCGCAAACCUCCUCCCUCGCCUCCCUCGUCCUUCCCAAGAUAGAGCACAAGACCGCCCAAAAGCUGACCUACACCCACAACUCCAACUUCAUCCACUACAUCGCCGACGCACCUUCCGAGUACGCCCCUACAUCCGCCUCCGCCGGUGGUCUCACCUACCUCGUGAUCGCCGACUCCUCGCUCGGCCGCCGCAUUCCCUUCGGCUUCCUCUUCGAAAUCAAGAAGCGCUUCCUGGCGCAACACGUACCCGAGAGCACGGACUUCGCCAGCCUGCCGAAUUAUGGCGCGGGCAGCUUCAACAGCGAGUUGAAGAAGCUGAUGUUAGAGUACGGGACAACUAAGGCCGGGAAGGAGGAUGCCAUCUCGAAUGUGCAGGGUGAGAUUGACAAUGUGCGCGGCAUAAUGAGCCAGAACAUUGAAAGUCUGCUUGAGCGCGGGGAGAGAAUCGAUUUGUUGGUUGAUAAGACGGAUCGUUUGGGUGGUAGUGCUCACGAUUUUAGGGUCAGGAGUAGGGGAUUGAGGAGGAGAAUGUGGUGGAAGAAUGUAAAACUUAUGGCUUUGCUGACGCUAGUGGUGAUCUUCCUGAUCUACCUGUUUGUUGGUUUUGGCUGUGGCUUGCCCGGAUGGUCGAAGUGUGUCGGUUGA